AACAACAAGCAGCAAAAUGACCGACGCCUACUGUCUGUCCAAUUUUAUUGAUUUUUCACAGCAUUUGUCACAGCCGCUGAGGCACAGCAAUCGGAUCAAGUAUACCUGCUUUGAUAUCUCUGACAACUACAUUAUCUUUGGUGCCACCUCGGGUUCGCUGUACUUUUUCAAUCGUGGCGGCAAGUUUAUGCACCUGAUCCCAAACAAACAUGGCCCCGUCACACACCUGAGCAUCUCGGCCAACAACAAGUAUGUGGCCUUUGCCACCCAACGCUCGCUCAUCUGUGUGUAUGCGGUGAAUCUCUCUGCCCAGGCCGCGCCCCAGGUGAUUGUUACGCAUCUGAGCACCGAUCAGUCGGUGCAGGUGAGCUGUAUCCACUGGACGCCGGAUGAGAAGCAAUUCUACUAUGGCGAUACGCGUGGCCAGGUAAACCUGGUGCUGCUCUCGUCCUUUAUAGGGCACAGUCUGCUGUUUAACAUGACCGUGCAUCCGCUUCUGUAUUUGGAUGCGCCUGUCGUGCAGAUCGAUGACUUUGAAUCUCUGCUCCUGGUAUCCAACAGCACCAAGUGUAUUCUAUGCAACACCGAGUACGAGGAAUACAAGCAGAUCGGUAACCGUCCACGUGAUGGCGCGUUCGGCGCCUGCUUCUUUAUAUCGCCCCACGAAUCGCUGCAGCCGUCGCGCAUUUACUGUGCCCGUCCGGGUACACGGAUCUGGGAGGUUGAUUUCGAGGGUGAGGUGGUACAAACACACCAGUUUAAGAGCGCACUGGCCACCGCACCCGCCAAGAUACUCAGGCCUAGCGAGAGCGAGGCAUUCGAUGAGGAAGAUGCCGAUGCACUGGAGGCCAACGAUGAGCUGCUAAACUAUCAGCCGCAGCAGCUGCAGUUCGCCAAACUACAACGUCUGGGCCAGAACUUUCUGCUGGCCUACACCGAACUGGGCCUGUACAUAUUCGAUGUGCGCCACUCAACGGUGGUGCUCUGGUGCAAUCAGUUCGAGCGCAUUGUGGACUGCCGCGUUGCCGGCGCCGACAUCUUUGUCUUCACGCAAACAGGCUCUCUGUACAGCGUGCAGCUGCAGACGCUGGAGGCGCACGCUAUCUCGCUAAUGCAGCUGUCAAAGCUGCCGCAAUGCGCCCGGCUGUUGCGCCAGCACGUCAAAUACUUUGCCGACAAGGCGCGCGAACAUGACGAGCUGAAGCAGCUUAACCAGCUAAAGCAGCUGUUGAUUGAACGGCAGCAGUACGAGCUUCUUAACGAUAUAUCCGUGAUCUUUGAUGCCAUUGCCCAGUGCACGGGCAGCGCACUGGACACACAAAGCUCCGGCGGCAGCUCGGCGACAACAGAGCGCAGCGCUAGCUUGAGUACGGUGGGAAUUGGAGGAGGAGGAGGAAUUGGAGGAAUUGGCGCCGGCAGCACGGCUCCGACCAAAGGCGUCUAUGUGCUGGAGAAUGCCUUUUGCGAUAAUCUGAAGCAGCCACCCAAGUCGGGACACUUCAAGGAUGCAUUGCUCACAGUCACCGGCAAAUUUGGCAAGAACAUCAUCAAGUACAAGUUCAACAUAUUCGCCGAGGAACAGCAGCAGCAGCUGGUGCGCGAGCUAAUACCCGCUAGUGAGCGUUCCCAACCCUUUAAGGAUAUCAAAGCACGCUACGAGACGCCGGACGAGGAUGAGGAAAUUGUCUGCCGCAGCCGGAAGCGUGCCACUGUCGCCACGACCCCCACGCCGCACAUCAGUCCGGAGGAGAAGACCAUCUACAACCUGUACUUGAUACACAAGGGCGCCAAGUUCAGUCGCACCCACUGCGUGGAGCGCUAUCGUGCUGUCUUCGAUCAGUAUGCGGCUAGCGAGCUGAUGCAGCUGCUGGCCAGACUUGGGCAGGUUAUGCUGGAGCAUGGCGACAGCCAGGAGCAGGCGCAACGCAACUGCUACGAGAUGUAUUUCAACUAUCUGAAUCCGGAGUUAAUCUGGGAAAUGGAUGAUGCCACACGCGAUUAUAUAGCCAGCGGCUUGGCCCUGCUUAAUUCCGGCAUGGAAAUUGUCCGCUGCAGCCAUUGCAAUUUCCCGCUCCGCUUCCAAAAUGCAUGCCAAUACCACGAGCUGGGCGCGGUUUUGCUGCGUUACUUUUGGUCACGGCACGAGCAGCUCAAGUGCUUCGAUGUGCUGCAAUCGGUGCCGGCGCUGCUCGAUGUGCUGGCCAAAUUCUAUUUGGCCGAGCACAAUCUGGACAAAGUGCUGCCCAUUGUCUUCAACUAUGGCGCCGUCGAACUGCUGCAGGAUGUGGGCAGGCAGCUCAAUGGCGCCGCCUGGGCGCGCUGCUUUGAGCAGUUUGUGGAGCUGCAACGGGGACGUUUGGUCUGCGUCAACUGUGAGUGCGUCAGCACCGUGGAGCUGGAGCAGCUGUCGCGGCACUAUUUCUACACAUGGAACUGUUUUCUUAACAUUGCGCUGGAUCAUCUAACGGCCAGCGAGACGCUGGCACUGAUCUUUAAGUGGAGCUCGUAUAUACCCAGCGAUGCGAUCGAUCGUGAAUUCUAUAAACGUUGCCUGCUCAAGGGCUGAAUGUUAGUGUUGCCCAUUAAGCUAUUUUCUAGCUAAAUUGAGCUAUUUACGAGUUCGUUAGUCAGAAAACGUUGAAAAAUUUUACUUAUUUAGCUUUUUCACAUCUGGCAACCCUGUUAUUUGCCAAUUCUAGUUUGAAAAAACGAAUUCAGCUUUACUUUUGGCUAUUUCUCACAUUGACCUACGGCUACUUUGUGAAGCUGCAGAUGGCAACAUUAGUUAUGUUAUAUAUACACACAUAUAUAUAUAUUUAAAGGUAUAUAAAGAUAUUUAUUGUUGGAAAGCAGGCAACUUGCAACAUUCCCAGCACAUGCUCCUAAUUAUAAACUUUAGCUAAAGCUAUAGCCAAAAUACCAAAAGCAUUUAUUCUAUAUAAACGUAUAUUAAAACAAGAUAUAUUUACAUGUAUGUAUGUCUACCAGCUGUAUGUGUUUGU